UACUAGUAUGAAAUACACCGGAAUAAGAUCAUCAGUGCUUGUGUACUUUCUGCUCAUAUCAUUUACUGAGUUUAUCAGUAAAUCUACUCAAAAGAGAUUGAAUUGGUUUGAAGCCCAGAAAGUAUGCAUGGACAAUAAUACCACCCUAAAAUCAGGAGAUUUUCGAAUUUCAACAAAAGUCUAUUGGUCUGGUAUAUACCUUAGAUAUUCAUCCCGGAUACACAUUCUCGGAUGCUAUUCAGCAGAUAAUAGUACGUUGAGUGUAAGUAAGACAUUUGACAUGAAGUUCCCUUCAGUUGGAUUCUGUCAAGAGAUAUGUGGAACUGAAAAUAUACCUAAGUUUGGGAUACAUGCAGGAAAAUGCACAUGUUUUGAAAAUCUAGUUUCAACGAACAUGUUAAAUCCAAGUGAAUGUAAUGAAAUAUGUGCAGAAAAUAAACAAGGUGUAAAAUUUACAGAGUGCGGAGGAAGGAAUGCAUACUCAGUGUACAUGGCAGGUAUUGGAAUUAUUUGA